AACUACCCAUUCUCAAACCAAAAGUAACUGCAACAACCCUCACUUCCUCUGCUUCAUCACUCACUAACACAGAAUCAAAGAGAGGGGUGUAGGAAGUAAAAAGAAAAAGAAACAAAACCACUAAUGGAGCUUAGCAAAGUAACACUAGAGAUAUUCACAAAACUAGAACAACAAUGGCUAUCAGUUUCACAAUGUGGAACAACAUCCAAAACUCGCAUUCUCAGCAUUGACGGCGGAGGAACCACCGCCAUUGUCUCCGGCGCUGCCUUGAUCCACCUUGAGGAUCAGAUCCGCUUACAAACCAACGAUCCUCACGCUCAAAUCAUUGAUUACUUUGACAUCAUCACCGGCACUGGCAUUGGUGCAAUACUCGCUGCAAUGAUCACAGCUGAUGAUGGAUUUGGUAGACCUCUCUAUACUGCUAGAGAUGCUGUGAAUUUCAUUGCUGACAGGAAUCAUGAAUUCUAUAAAAUGAAAUCCGUCGGUGUUUUCCGCCGGCGCCGUAGAUUCUCAACGAAGAGCAUUGAAAAUUUGUUGAAGCGAGUUUUUCAAGGAAAAGAAAGCGAAGGUAAAUCUUUGACGUUGAAAGAUACGAUUAAGCCUUUGCUUAUUCCUUGCUAUGAUCUCAACACUUCAGCACCGUUCGUUUUCUCACGAGCCGAUGCGUCGGAGUCACCGAGUUUCAACUUUGAGCUUUGGAAAGUGUGUCGCGCAACGUCAUCAACUCCAAGUCUCUUCAAACCGUUUCAAUUCGCUUCCGUUGAUGGAAAAACCUCUUGCUCAGCCGUGGACGGUGGUUUGGUGAUGAACAAUCCGGCGGCAGCGGCUGUUACGCAUGUUCUUCAUAACAAGCGUGAUUUCCCGUCGGUGAAUAGUGUCGAGGACCUGAUGGUUUUGUCCAUCGGAAAUGGAGCACCCGCGAACAGAGUGCAUCGUGAUGUUCGUGAAUGUUCAACGUCGACAGUGGUUGACAUUGCUCUUGACGGUGUUUCAGAAACCGUUGAUCAGAUGUUGGGAAAUGCCUUCAGUUGGAACCGUACUGACUAUGCGAGGAUUCAGGCAUUUGGUUUGGGAGGAAAGGGAAGUUGGGAAGAAACAGAGGUGUUGAACGAGAGAGUGUUACAGUCGUUACCGUUUGGUGGGAAACGGUUACUACAAGAAACUAACGGCAACAGAAUUGAGAGGUUUGUGCAACGACUUGUUGCUACUGGAAAGUCUAGUUUGCCACCUAGUCCAUGCAAGAUUACGCCGUUAGUCUCGUGCUAAUGUUUUUUUUUUAACUGUGUAAUUUUUUUUCUUAAGAAUUUAAAUGUGUAAGUUGUAUGUAACUUGUAUUAAGGUCAGGAUAUAUAUAUUUUAUUUUUUUUUUAACUCGGGAGGUUUUAUUUUAGGAAAAUGCUCGUUGUCCCGAUAAUUUGAAUCACGAAGUUGUCCCGACCGUUUAAAA